GAGAGCACUGUACCCAGUGAUGGUAAUUCCGGUAACGAAUCUACUGUACCUAUAGAUACAACUGCCAUAACUGGUUCUCAAAAGAAUGGCAAUGCUGAUUCAUCAACCACCACCAACAUUAACAGCGAAGCACCAACCACCACUCCAUCUCCUCUAACCGACCCACCGAUCAGCAAGAUCGCUCCCACUAUGCAGAUGAAGACUAAUGUUGACAGCAGUAUCAGUCCUGUGUGGAUGCGCACUGCAGCACCGCUGCUGAUUGUGGCUGUGUUCUUCUCCGUUACCCUGUACUGA